GCCCGCACCACCAGCCUUUGCGCCAGCGCCAGUGCCACGACCACUGCACCACAUCAGACACGACGUAUUUCGUCCUGCGCCCAGCUCAACCACAUUCUAUCAUCGACCGCAGCCACCUGGAUUCUUGCACUUUCCGCCGCCGCCCGUGUCGGACUUUGCCCGCUUCGAGCCAUCGCUGGCCCCCAGACCCACUUGGAGGCCACCCGGACCUGUAUUGAAUCGAAGCUUUGGCGCCGACUCUGAAUCGUCCGGUCCGCAGGAUCCCUACGCGAUCCCAGCAGAGAUUGCAAAGGAGCGACGAAGGUCGGCUGCGAUCUCGGUCAACUCGCGACACUCUGCGCAGGCUCCCAGCUUUAGCUUCCAGGCUACUUCGCCCUCUUUGGUUGCGCCGCACCAAGCAGAGUCGUUUCGAAAGCCUCGACCAUUGCUAGACAUGUCUUUCGCAGGCGGCGUAGCCUUCGCAUCCGCGCCCAACCACUUUGCAGCAGCAGCGCCGGGCAGCUCGAGCUCAAGUAAUUGUGCCAGCACAUCGCAAAUUGCUUGGCGAGGGCAAGAGGCGCAUACACUCGCAGCAUUUCGAACACGGAGGAGGAGCUCGCUCGGUAGGCAGUCUGUUGGAGCAGUCUCGGAGCACACGCAAGGGCCACUGCACGCCUCGGUCGCCUCUGCACUCUUGGGUGAACCUCGGCAAGUCUUCGCAAACCAAGCCGCUGGACUCGUAUUGACGCAGAUGAGCUCAGGGAUGGAUGAACGUGCUUCUUACAGCGGGUUGAACGGCUCGCCAGGAGGCUUCGGGGACGGCGGCGACGAACGAGGAGGUGGUGCGCGGGAUCGCGGGUCGGGUGGAGAUGCCAGUGGAUCGCAAAGUCGGCGCGAAGGUAGCGGCGGUGGAGAUGAAGGAGGCGAGGACGGCGAUGCGGUUGCACAGGAAAAGGAAAAGGCAAGAAAGGCGAAUCCGCUCGUUGAUCUCAUCGAGACGGAGACCGCGUACGUAAGCGAGCUGAGCAAGAUCAUCAGGCGCGUUGCCGCAGCAUGGAGUCGCUCCAACUUUCCUCCUCCCGAACUGGAUACCAUGUUUCGCAAUGUCGAGUCCAUCUACCGCAUCAAUCGCGGCUUCCUAAAGUCUCUUCGCGAAAUCGGACCCAACCCUUCAUCUCCCAGAGCGCUCGGCGACCUGCUCAUGCGAUGGAUCGACGACCUAGAAGCGCCUUACAUGCGAUACUGCGACAACUAUUUCACAGACUUUGACACCUGGAACUCCGUUCAAUCCAAUCCAAAGCUCCCACAGCUGCUCAAGGAAGUCUCAGAGUCCACCCUGCCAGAUGGCUCGCCCGUAGUCUUUUCAGAUCGAAAGCGCAAGCCAGGGGAUGUGUGGACGCUUGAUGACUUGUUCGCAUUGCCGCAGCUUCGUCUCAAGUACUACAAGAAGCUCUACUCUCGCCUACUUAAGAGCACGCAAGCGGGCCGCAGCGAUCAUCGCCUUCUUGUCAGCGCCAACGACAAGCUGGAUGAGCUCUUGGAGCGAUCCAAGAAGCGCAUCGCGAUGAGCGUGCUCGAUGAGGGCCCCAUGCCUCGCAGUCGCGAGAGCCUCGAGAGCUCGACGGGCAACACGACAAAUGGAACGCACGACACGUUUCCCACGCCUAAUCGCGUGUCAUCGGCCACGUCUGCUUCUGGUGAUCGCGAAGAGAAGCCGCCCGUGCCGAAGAGCCCUCUGGCCAGCCCUGCUUUCGCUCCGACUCGCCCCGCGCCGGCAGCCGAGCAAGUCCCCCCCUCCAUCUCAUCUGCUCCGAGAUCGCCACCCGUCGCGCGACCAGAAGCGCCAAAGCCAAAUGUCGUGCGCGAUAGCGAUGGGGCAUCUGCGGACAUUCUCGAGACGCGUCUGGAUACUGCACGGACGCUGGACAUUUUCACCAUGAGGCCCAAAAAAUGCCAACUCCGCAUGAAUACGCCAGGUCUUCCCUUUACGCGAUCUUUGCGCAAGGGCGGAGACGUCAUGAUGCGCUUCACGCCCAACUCCACUGGCAGAGAAGUGGUUGUCCACCGAGCUUACAUCUUCCUGCUUACGGAUUUGUUUUUAAUUUGCGAGCGUAUGACACCGAGCGAAAGAGCGGGCAAUCCGGCGACGGAUAUGUGGCUGCUGUACCCUCCUCUGGCCGGCAAGCACCUGCGCGUGUCACCUGAUCAGUCUGGUCAAGGAUUCUCGAUUCUGAUCCUCAAGAAAGAGACGCUGCACAUCAGAGUCGAUUCUAGACAAGACCGCGACGACUGGUUGGCGCAGUUCGACGAGUGCUUCAACUUCACCGCUGGCAUGGGUCUGAAGGUGCAGACCGGAAGUGCUCUUCAGCCCGGAGGCGCUUCAGGCAACGGUCCCCCCGUACUCUCUCCUUCCAUCUCGGUCACGCCUUCGUCGAUGAACAACCUGUCGGCGGUGGAAAGCGCUCUGAACGACGCAUUUUCCCCCCACACUUCUCUCGCCUCGAGCCUCGGUCGCGAAGGCUCCUUUAGCUCGGUCCAAUCGUUUCCAAAGUCGACGCAGCCUCCCGCAAAUGGCGUUGGCUCUCCAGAUCUUCGCAUUCCACCGACAUCGAGUCCCAUGUCUGGUGCUACACGAACCCCUUCGCCGAACAGCGCAGGCUUUGGUCCGCGUCCUGGAGGACCGAGCGGUCCGGGCAGACCGCCGGUGGUGAACGGCAGGCCGCAAUAUAAUGGGGCGAAUGGAAGCCCGCCAGUCAGGCCCCAGCAGGGUGGACAGCCCUUCUCACCGGGCGCUUUGAGUCCAGUCACAUCUCCACCGUUUGGCGCGCAAGCUGGAGGUAAUCAGAGAGCAGGUCGUCCGCCCCCGCUCAUGGCCAAUGGGCAAAAUGGUCGCCCUCUUGGUCCCGGUCCCGGUCGUGGUGGUCCUGGCCCUGGCCCUGGGCCUGGCCCGAAUGCCGGCUUCAAUGGACCGCGGCGACCUGGGUACGGGCCAGGCGGUCCGGGACCGCGAGGUGGGCCGGGCUUUCCCCCAACCGGUCGACCCCAAGAUCGCGACAAUAUGCGCAGGCCGUCAGCUCCCAACCUUCGCAGUCCUCGCGGAGACAGCAACGGCUUCGACGAUCUGCCUCCUCCGCCGGGUCGAACGCGUUCGACUUCGAGCGCAGAAGGGCCCGCCAAGCUUCCCAGCGCAUUUUUGCAGGAUCCCAGUGUGAGGAGACACGAAUCUUUCAGUCCUCCUGGAAGCCCGACCCUAAAGAGGAGAGGGCCCUCUACGAGCACGGUCAGCGCCCAGAUGCGCUGCAGACUCUACCUCAAGCAGAAUCACGCACAGUGGAAGUCGCUGGGAGAUGCAAGGCUGAAAGUGUUUCACAUUCAGCCGGACGAGACGCGCCAAUUGGUGGUGGAAAACUCGAAAAAGGUGCUGGUCAGCUCGCUGAUCAUGCCCGACUCGGUCGAACGCGUCGGCAAAGUCGGCGUCGCUGUAGAGGUCAGCGACGCGUCUGCGGGUGACGGCGAGUUGUCUCGCACUGGUAUCAUCUACAUGCUGCAACUUCGAAGCGAAGACAGCUGCGCAGGCUUGUAUGGAGAGCUGAAGGGGAUGUAGGCCGGCAUGCCGGGCCUUUUUGCUUGUGCCUCACACACACACACACACUCUCUCUCUCUCGCUCUCUCUUGCGUCAUCGGACUCAUCUUGCUGUGCGCGUCACUCGGGACCAAGCCUACUAAACAAGUCACUCUCAUGGGGGCACUCAUUUGCCAGCUCGACCUUCUUCACUCUUGUCGCUCACUCGUUUCUUCGCUUCUUCUUACCGGAUUUGUCCAUGGUGAUCGUGAACCUCUCUCCCAAAUCCCUAGACGUAUCACGCACAUUCAAGAUUCCCCCUCCCCCACCUCUUCACUUUUCCCCCUCCAAAAAUCUUUUCCGCAAAUGAUGACCCACAUGGCCGAUUCUUGCUCGAGAAUUGUGGAUUCA